UCGGCGGGACAAGUAUCCUUGGUUUCGAAAUUGUAUCAAGUGUCUACACCGUGCCUUUAUAAGCAAUGCGUGUGCGUACAGCCACACAUGUGCUCCUGUACACGCAACGACCGCACGCAAUAGUCAUGUACGCUAAGUUCUUCAUUGUUUGCUGCGUGUGCGCCGUGGCGUCGGCGGCUCCUGGUUACCUCGACACCAUCGGCUACGCGGCGCCCGCCAUCCAUGCAGCACCCAUCGCCCACACGAUAGCAGCUCCUGCUGUUGCUCACGUCGUUCGUGCAGAGCCUGUCGACCCCAACCCCGCCUACACGUACUCGUACGGCGUGAACGACCCCCACACCGGCGACCACAAGGACGCCCAGGAGACGCUGCAGAACGGCGUCGUCCACGGCUCCUACAGCCUGGUGGAACCCGACGGCCACUUGAGGAAGGUCACCUACACCGCUGACCACGUCAACGGCUUCAACGCGGUCGUUGAGAGGACAGGCAACGCUCAUCCCGCUCCCGCAGUAGCGGUGGCGCACGCGCCCGUAGCGGUCGCCUCCGCGCCCAUCGCAGUGGCCCACGCGCCCGUCGCCGUCUCGGCGCCCAUCGGCCACCCCUGGCGCUAGUCACACACGAGCUAGCUCGCUGUAUCGUUGAUUGGAGGAACCACUGACCAAAGCUUCUCUUCUCCCUACGGAUUUGGUAUUGAAGGCAAUGUAAGGCCCGCCCGCGGCACUCCCUCGCUCAAGGGAUACCAGCGGCCAACGGAAGCAAGCGACGAUGGAAGCUUUGUUCUUUUUCAGUAGCUUGAAUUCUCGCAUGGAAAGGAUUGUUACAGUAUUAUAAGAAAUCAGUGUAAUUUUCUGUAAUGCAGAAUAGGCGCGUCUUAUGUAUGACUUAUUUUUAUUUAUUUUUUAUUAACGUUGGUUUAGUUUGUUAGAGUUCCUCCAGUCACCAAUAGAGUAGGGUCGAUGACCUCGCGAGUGCGCCGCACGGAACCGUCCUAUGUUAAUUUAUUUCGUACUACUUCUUGACUGUUGCCACGGACUUGAUCUUGACGCGCUGUAUCACUUACAUGUAAAUAUAAUGUAUAGUUGAUAAAUAAAAUGCAAUUAUUUGCGCCAAUUAAA